AUCUUUUAAAAUGGUCAACAAUAUCAGUCUCGAAAUUUCAAAUUGAGCGGUCGUGGGAUGAAAACGAGGUACAUCAAUUUCCGUCUUGAACCGCCAUUGCUGGUAAUUUUUUUAUUGUGGUAGAUUUGAAGUAAUCUGCUGCCAUCAUGAAGCUAGUACGAUUUUUGAUGAAACUAAGUCAUGAGACUGUAACAAUAGAGCUGAAGAAUGGGACCCAAGUCCAUGGCACAAUUACAGGUGUAGAUGUCAGCAUGAAUACACAUCUCAAGGCAGUCAAGAUGACAGUGAAGAACAAGGAGCCAGUUCAACUAGAAACUUUGAGUAUCCGUGGUAACAAUGUUCGUUACUUCAUCCUUCCAGACAGUUUGCCUCUUGAUACCCUUCUCAUAGAUGAUGCCCCCAAGUUUCGCAAACCAGGUGGUAGAGGCGGAUUUGGUGGUAGUCGAGGAGGGCGUGGAGGCAGAGGACGUGGAGGUGGUGGUAGGGGUGGAAGAGGGGGUCGCGGAGGAGGUCGAGGUGGACGGGGACGUGGCGGACCCCCUAGGAGAUACUAACUCAUGGACCCCUUAUCAUAAACAUCAUCAUCAUCAGUUCUGUACAGUGGUUUUAAUCAUCAUGUUCAUACUGGAGCAUAUUGGAAAUUUAUGUGCUAUUAACAAUAUUGGAUUUUAUAAAAAGAAUUCACCACAAGUUAGAAAUACAUUUGAAGAUACCUGGAUGUAUUCAUUAUUACAUUCAUUGCGGGUGCCACAGAAGAUGUCGAUAUCAUUGUGACUCGUUUGUAAGAUCGAUCAGCCAUCUUUAAUGGGUUGAUACAGUUGUUCAGGAUAACACAUCAGAAUUUUGCCAAUAGGAUCUACCGAAAAGUAUGCCUAAGAUGGCACAUGCCAGACUGGAACCUACAGAGUGCUGUGACAUCAUGGUGCAUUAUAUGUCUACAUCAAAUAUUAAUGCAUGGUUUGAUUUGCCAUAAUGGAAACUACAAAGUGCAAUGAUGCCAUGUAUUAUGGGCCCAAUGCUGCAUUGUAUAAGGGAACCUGUGAUACCUUGUCUGAGGGACCCAAUGCUACUUUGAUAAGGGGCCUUGUGGAAGCUUGGAUUAUAGACCCAGGGCUUAUUUGAUAAGGGAUUUUUUAUGGGUGUUGUAACAGGAUAAUGAAUGAUGC